ACCAGACCCAUAUGUCGGAUCAGGGCAAAGGGGGAGAGAGAGAGAGAGAGAGAGAGCAUAUUCAAGCUGAGAGAGAGAAGGCAUCUCGCCUCUCUGUCCCUCCAAAAACUUUUUGGCGUCGUCGUCAAUCUCGUCCCAUUUAAGUGGAGGAGAUCAGCAAAACCUGCCAUUGGUCGCCCGUUUGCUCAAAAGAUUGCUUUUUCGAGAGACCAUUCUCCUUCUCUCCUUCUCCUCUGUACUGUUCCAUUUCCACUGGAAAGUAGGGAUCUUCACCCAAGAGCGAAACCCGAGUAGAGAAUUCAAAGAUCCAUUGUUGCCCCUGAGAGCUCUUCGCGAGAGAGAUGUCUGGCGUCCUUCUUUGGGUGGUUGGCCCCAAAGGGAACGCCGCAUCCCUGCUCAAUCUCGAGCCCAGGGCGAGCAAGAAACAGAGGAGGCCGAGGCUGUACCCGGCCGGGGUGCGCGUGGUGAGUGUGGUCUCGGCCAUUUCGAGCUCAGUGGCCAGCCCGUCGAGAUCCUCGGUGGAGAGGGUGUAUGAGGUGGUGCUGAAGCAGGCGGCUUUGGUGAGGGAGCAGAGGCAGGAGGAGGCUCUGGAUGUGAAGAAGCCGGAGGAGGCGGAGGGGUUGACCGGCGGUGACCUAUUGAACGAGGCCUACGAGAGGUGCGGCGAGGUCUGUGCCGAGUACGCCAAGACAUUUUACUUGGGUACGUUACUGAUGACACCGGAGCGACGAAAAGCUGUAUGGGCAAUCUACGUGUGGUGCAGGAGGACUGAUGAGCUUGUGGACGGACCAAACGCCGCGCACAUCACUCCAAAGGCUCUGGACAGAUGGGAUAAAAGACUGAAUGAUCUCUUCGAGGGCCGCCCUUAUGACAUGUACGAUGCUGCUCUGGCAGACACCGUCUCGAAGUUCCCAGUGGAUAUUCAGCCCUUCAAGGACAUGAUAGAGGGCAUGAGGCUCGACUUGAGAAAAUCAAGAUACAUGAACUUUGACGAGCUCUACCUUUAUUGCUACUACGUAGCCGGAACAGUCGGGUUAAUGAGUGUACCGGUCAUGGGGAUUGCACCUGAAUCGAAGGCGUCCACAGAAAGUGUCUACAAUGCUGCAUUGGCACUCGGGAUUGCUAAUCAGCUGACCAACAUACUCAGGGACGUCGGCGAAGAUGCUAGGAGAGGAAGGAUAUAUCUGCCGCAGGAUGAGCUUGCGCGCGCCGGGCUAUCUGAGGAGGACAUAUUCCGGGGGAAAGUGACCGACAAGUGGAGGGCAUUCAUGAAAGAGCAGAUAAAGCGGGCAAGGAAGUUCUUCGAUGAGGCUGAGAAGGGCGUCGUGGAGCUUAACGCGAAGAGCAGGUGGCCGGUGAUGGCAUCCCUCCUGCUGUACAAGCAGAUCCUGGACUCCAUUGAAGUGAACGACUACAACAACUUCACAAAGAGAGCUUAUGUGGGGAAGGCAAAGAAACUCCUAUCACUCCCUGUGGCUUAUGGAAGAGCACUUUUGGGGCCUUCAACGGAUUGAUGAGUUGAUCAGGAGUUGACUGAGAAGAACUUGGGUUUUUGUGGUCCAUUUUUUUGGAGUGUCGGGCUUGUAGCAGAACAGGUUGAGCUCUGUAAAUUCCCAUGUUAUAUAGAUGAAGCAGUCACGUAUAAGUAGCCAUAAGUGGCUAGUGAAAAUAAGGGUACAUGAUCAGCUCUGAUUAUUAGUUCCUUCAUUGUUUGAAUUAGGGAAGGAAGAAGCAGUGAAUGUAAAGAUCACAUGUAAGGACCAAUUAGUUCUUGUAAAAUCUCUCUCUCUCUCUACACAA